AAAAUGGCUUUACCCUUGUAUCUUCGUCGUGCUCAUGAGUUCUUUCAGCACUCCCUACUACAAUUUAUAACCUUAAUACUUAUUUUGGCUAUAACAAAUGCAGAUCAUGACGAAGUCUGGCUAGAUGGUCCCUCGAGAAAUCAUGGACGUCUACAAAUAAGUCAUGAGAACGUGCAUGGCUAUGUGUGUAGUGAAGAGUUUGCUGAUAAUGAGAUACGUGUUGUUUGCAAAAAUGAACUUGGCUACCCACUGGGUGGGUUUGCGUGGUCAUAUAAUAUUGGGGACAAAAACCCGUCUGAAAUUCUUGAAGUGGAACGGUUGGGCUGCUCCUAUUUAUCAGGUGGACUUGCUGACAAGUUGAGCAUGUGCAAGCACAGCGAAUGGGGAAACAGCUCGUGUUUGGCAUCAGAGGGCGUUGGUCUUACGUGUGCCCCAAACAUACAUGUUGUACAAGAUGAUAAACACACACGGCAUUGGGAGGUGAAGGAUAUGCAGCACAAAGCCAAAGGUUACGUCAUGACAUACCACAAGGAGCAGUGGCAAACCGUGUGUCUUCCACACGUAUACGUCCCAGAUCAGAUGGAUGCAUUGUUGAAGGUCGUUUGCAAAUCUGCCGGCUGUAGCAGUAAGUAUGAGUGGCAGACUACCAGAGACAACAUAGAGCUGAGGAACAAUGGGCCAAAACUCAUGAUUAAGGCUGGCUGUACUGGACAGGAGAGAGACAUCCGUAAGUGCAGCAAUCUCACCUACACCAGCACGGACGACUGCAUGGACUUCUGGCUGAGUUGUUCUGGCUCUGCCGGUUACAGGUGUAAUUGGUUGCCAGAUCAGCAGAACCCACAUGCGAUCAGGCAGGUGGACCAUACAGGCCCAAUAGUUGGUGCCAUAGUCACUGGUAUUGUCGCAAUCAUAGGUGUUGUCACCUACUGCUACUGUACUUACAAAAAGAGAAAUAAAACUCAAUAUACUCAGGAAUUGUCUAAGAAUAUUGAAGACAUAGACAGUGAACUGGCUUAAAGUGAUGUCUUCUCAUAUCUGAAACGAUGGCUCAUUCCUAAUCUGAAUAGAUGGAUAGGAAAGGACCAUAGAUCUGUGUGUUUGAAUCUCCAGAGCGAUAUCAUAGCAGACAAUGGCUGUACCAAGUGUAUUUUCUACACCAUAGCUGGGUGAGCAUGUGAUAAUGCAAGUAAUUGUGUGAAAACGUAAAAUGAAAUGUGGAAAAUUGCUCGUCGUAUCGAUGCAAUUGCUUGGCUCAUUCAUGCCGCAUGACAGAUCUGCUGUUGCGCUUUUGAUAGCAUUUUUACAUUAACAUUGCGAACUGGAGCAUAAUUAUUCUGUUGUUGACGUUAUUGAGUUCUGUCGUGCAGCGGCAUUUACCGGGAGUUAGAAUUUUUGGUUUAUUUCUUGUGUAAGAGUAAAAUGCUUUAGUAUUCCAGUGAACCUGCUAUCCCUAAUGUUCCCAACAAUGAUCGUGUGUGAAUAAUUAAUGUAAGGAUUUUGCACAAAGGCUGCCAUUCAAAACCGAAAACUCGAUCAAAGAACUCUGUGAAAAGACUCGGAUCUUGUGUGCAAUAUAGAAUGUGGCAGAAUUCAGAAUCUCCAUAAGCCUGUGUGUAUAGCUCAUGGCUGUGUUUCUAGAUAGCCUAAAACGUCAGUGCGUUUGUACCCGGUUAGCAUUGUUCAUGAUUUAUAAACUGUGAUGAAGGACUCUCACGUGUGGAGUGAUAAUUUCUGUGUUCUAAAAUUACGUAUUCAAUAGCUGAAAGUAAUAUUUGUUUAGAGAAUCUCUUAUUGCGAUGCAACAGUGCAACUGUCUAAAUUUACUCAGUGGUGUGGUGUAUUUCAAAGUAUAGUAACCAAUAAGUCCACAAACGAAUCUUUAGUCUCUAAUUUUGUCAUGUUUUUGACACUUUUGCAUUGUGGUACUGAAUUGUGUUAUUGUGUCAGAUUGCGCCAUUUCAGCCAUAUAUCAGUGCGUGGAAUAUCUACUAUCAGCAGAGCACUGUAAUAUCUUUACACGGGAUCAGUUCUUGCAAUCGUACCAUGCCAUUAAACCGGGGCGAUUCUGUGAUGGGAGAUAGAUCAAAAGAAGUAUAACGAUCUAAGCGUAAACCUUGUUACUUGUAGAUAUCAAACAAAUCAUGGCUUUGUGGUGUACCCUCCCACGGAGCUCGAUUUAAGAUUUAUAUUGCACUACUAUAAACAGUGGGACCUUGGAAAUUCGUAUUGCUUGGAGAGGGGAACGUUCUGACUUGUAGAUUCUCAAGGUUCCUAGGUCAUCCAAAAGAUUUGAAGCAAGUGCAGUCAAGUCACCUUGGGCAGACAAGAAAAAACACAAGUGACCAAAGUAAACUGUUUAUAUUGAUUGCAAUCAAUGCAUAAACUUUCACGUUGACUAGUGUUGUCGUCCUAACAUGUUAAAGUUGGCAGGAAACGAUCGCGUGAGAGAAAUAACUGUGAGCUAUUGAAUUUUGUAAUCAAGAUCUGUACUUAUAGUAAUCACAAUGCAAUAAUUAGUAGAUGUGCUAAUGAGUACCAUAACUUCAUAUUUGUAUUUACUAACUUCAUUUUUGUAGAUUUUUUUUACUAAAAAGCAAUAAUGCGUGUGACGUUUGAAGACUAGCGUUUUUGUAUACACGUAAUACAUUGCUCACCUAUAUGUGACAUUUUACUAUAUAUGGUGCUUUGUGAACGUUGUUUUUUCAAUUCACAAACUAUAGAAGUAGGUAUAGUUACAAGACUAUUUUUUGAAAGAUUGUUUAGUCUCUGGAUCUUUACUUAAUAAUAAGUAUUUGUGUUUUCUAACGUUAUCCGAGAGUGUUAGUGUGUUUUUUACUAAACAUAUAUUCCUAUGUAAACUAUUUUUGCAGACAGUAUAUCAGGAGUAUUCAGGGACGAAUUUGAAUCCCAGUUAGAAACAGAGACGGUUUUGACAACGAGUGACGUUUUUUUCUCAGACUGUAGGGAUGAAGUAGGUCUGGUGUAUGAUGUGUUGAGCACAAUGACUAACUAUAUUCUGCAUGGCAACUAAUCAUGGCUUCAUAGCAGCCGUGCACAACGUUGCGUGUAUUGUUAUCCAAUCGAUAGUGUGUGGCUUGAUCGACAGUGAUGUGUGAGAUGAAAAUCACGGUCGUUAGGGCGAUAGUGAUAAUGGUAUACGCGCGGUGUGCUCCCUCUUGUUGUUGCCUGUGCGUAUGUGUGUGCGUGAGUACGUGCGUGCACGCGUGUGUGUGCCAAAGGUACCAGUGUUAUUAAUGGCCAAUGUAGAGCAGGGGAUGCUCUUAAAUAGCAUUAAUAUAGUUAUAAUUGUUAACCGUUAACUGAUUAAAUGUCUAACUAGUUGUUAAACCAGGGCUGUAAUUCUUAAAAGUUGAAAUGUUGCUGCUAGGCCAUUUAUUGGCAGAUGUUUAUACUCCUUGUAUAAAUACAUUCUUCAAGAAUGUCAUGCUCACCAACUAAAACGUACAUCAUAAUCUAGGUGUGCGCAUGGACACGUGUAGACUAUAUUGAGAGUAUACAUAUAUAUAUUCACGGUGUUUGCUAUGGCUGAGAGGGUCUAUGUCCCCCGGAGUACUGCCGGAA